AAACCCUUUUCCUCUCUCUCUCUCUCCCCCAAGAAGUUCCCUUUAGCUUCAAACCUUCAUCUUGAACGACCAAGUGCAUGGUGUAGAUACCUAUACAAGUGUAGAUAUAGAUACAGAUAUUGUACGUAUAGGUGGUGUAGGAAGAUGACGAUGAGCAACAUUAAUAACGGACAGUUCGGAGACACCAGGCUGACCAAGGUGUUCGUCGGAGGCUUAGCGUGGGAGACUCCGAAGGACGCCAUGAGAGAGCACUUCGAGAAGUUCGGUGACAUCUUGGAAGCUGUUAUCAUCUCCGACAAGUUCACCGGCAGAUCCAAGGGUUACGGCUUCAUUACGUUUAAGGAUGCGGAGGCGGCUAAGAAGGCUUGCGAGGAUGCCACACCGGUCAUCAAUGGUCGCCGAGCCAACUGUAACCUGGCUUCUCUCGGGGCACGCCGCCCAAGGACUUCGUCCACCACUCCUCCUCAACAAUGGUCAAGUCAAAAUUACAAGAUUGCCACUGAUGUUGUUGCUACUGAUGGAGCAACCAACAUAGGACCAAGAUCUACAUCAAAUGGACCACCAACGAAUCAGGUGCCGUGGUACUAUCCAGUGGGAACACCUGCAUCGCCGUUCCAUCAUCAGGCCGUUCCUUACUAUGGGUAUUCUCCGACCUACGUCACGACGGAUAUGAGUUAUAAUCAUAUUACGUUUAAGGAUGCGGAGGCGGCUAAGAAGGCUUGCGAGGAUGCCACACCGGUCAUCAAUGGUCGCCGAGCCAACUGUAACCUGGCUUCUCUCGGGGCACGCCGCCCAAGGACUUCGUCCACCACUCCUCCUCAACAAUGGUCAAGUCAAAAUUACAAGAUUGCCACUGAUGGUUCGUGUUCUCUCUCGUAA